AUGACUGUACAAUCAAGAAUCGGCGAAGAUAAUAAAUCCGGACAAUAUUCAUCUAAAGAACUUGAUACCUGGAUUGAACAAUUGAAAGAAUGUAAACCAUUACAAGAAAAUCAUAUUAAAUACUUAUGCGAACAAGCCAAAGAUAUCUUAUCGAAGGAAUCUAAUGUACAAGAAGUCAAAUGUCCGGUGACUGUUUGCGGCGAUGUACAUGGUCAAUUUCAUGAUUUAAUGGAACUGUUCAAGAUCGGAGGCAAUGCACCCGAUACAAACUAUCUCUUCAUGGGAGACUAUGUCGAUCGUGGUUACCAUUCGGUCGAAACCGUUACAUUAUUGGUUGCACUCAAAGUUCGGUAUAAAGAUCGCAUCACCAUCCUUCGUGGUAAUCAUGAAUCUCGACAGAUCACUCAAGUCUACGGAUUCUAUGACGAAUGCUUGAGAAAAUAUGGCAAUGCCAAUGUCUGGAAGUAUUUUACCGAUUUGUUUGACUAUUUGCCGUUGACAGCAAUAGUCGAUAAUCAAAUCUUCUGUUUACAUGGAGGACUUAGUCCAUCGAUCGAUACGCUGGAUCACAUCCGAGCACUAGAUCGAAUUCAAGAAGUGCCACAUGAAGGACCCAUGUGCGAUCUCUUAUGGUCGGAUCCCGAUGAUCGUGGUGGUUGGGGCAUUUCACCACGUGGUGCCGGCUAUACAUUUGGUCAAGAUAUUUCCGAAACAUUCAAUCACACCAACGGCCUCCAAUUAGUCUCUCGUGCCCAUCAAUUAGUUAUGGAAGGAUACAAUUGGUCACAUGACAAAAAUGUUGUAACAAUCUUUUCAGCACCCAACUACUGUUAUCGUUGCGGUAACCAGGCAGCAAUUAUGGAGCUCGAUGAUUCAUUAAAAUAUUCCUUUCUUCAAUUCGAUCCAGCUCCCCGCCGUGGCGAAAUUCAAUACACGCGUGCUGAUUAA